CACUUUUUGUGAGCUGGUGGUGUUGAAGCUGAAUGAAUGGAACAGUUAGGGCAGAUAGGAAACUUGCAUUUCAUGCUCUCCACAAACAGCGCUGUGUCUCUGAAGUGAUCUGGAAUCCCUGCAGCCCUGUGUCCUGAGAGGCUCUGAGGAACUCUGAAGGGCGCAAUGAUGGAUAACCGCUUUGCUACAGCACUAGUCAUUGCCUGUGUUCUCAGCCUCAUCUCCACCAUCUACAUGGCUGCUUCCAUUGGCACCGACUUUUGGUACGAAUACCACACCCUGUCCCCAGCUGAGAAUGUUAGUGAAGCUGGUAGGAGCAUCUGGGAGGAAUUUGUCAGCGAAGAGGCAGAUGAGAAGACCUACACAGAUGCGCUUUUCCGGUGCAACGGCACGGUUGGAUUGUGGCGGAGGUGUAUCACUGUACCCAAAAACUCCCACUGGUACAGCCCACCAGAAACUGAUAUGACUACAAAUUGCAUCAGUUUUUCCCUCUCUGAUCAGUUUAUGGAAAAGUAUGUAGAGCCUGGAAAUCACAAUAGCGGCCCAGAUCUGAAUCGGACUUAUCUCUGGCGACUGCAGUUUCUCCUGCCCUUUGUCAGCCUCGGCCUCAUGUGCUUUGGGGCUCUGAUUGGGCUCUGUGCUUGUGCCUGUCGCAGCCUUUACCCUGCCAUUGCCACUGGAGUCCUCCAUUUCCUAGCAGGGCUUUGUACGCUGGGCCUGGUUGGCUGCUAUGUAGCUGGGAUUGAGCUGCUCCAUAAGAAGCUGCCGCUGCCUAAAGAUGUGAGGGGUGAAUUCGGCUGGUCCUUCUGCCUGGCCUGUGUCUCGGCACCUUUGCAGUUUAUGGCAGCUGCUCUUUUCAUCUGGGCGGCUCGCACCAACAGAAAGGAAUUCACUCUCUUGAAAGCAUACCGUGUAGCAUAAGUGCUGCUACCAGAGUAUUGGAUUUCCACGUUAUAGCCUCUUCUCCUGCCAACCCUUACUAUUUUUUUUUUCUUUUAGAGUUUUACCUUGUACUGCAUGCUUCUUGCCAGUUGAGGCAAUUAGCCUGCAGGCCCUGAAGACAAAGACCUCUGGGCUAAAUGGCCAAACUCUGCCAGAAGUCUGCA